GCGAAAAAAUAUACAUGAAGUUAAUUGGAUUAAAGGAUUACAGUCAGAAGUAAUUAAAAUAAACAUGUAAAUCAGCGCACACAAUUACAUACUCACACAUUCAAAUGAAAGCACAACUCGGAUACCACCGAAGCGAGUCAGGAACAGAAACUGAAGAAUACAGCACCAACCUGCACGAAGGACUACGUCAGUGUUAAAAAUGGAUGAGUACGAUACGCACGCACGUCUUUCGCCUGCCACCGCCACCGUUACCGCCUCCAGUAUCCUCGACACGGACACACUGGAUGCGGAUCUCAGUCUGGCCGAUUUGGCCAGCAAUUGGUCGACAACGGCCAAUUUUACACGCCUCUUUGCCGCCACCGACAUCGUCAACUACACGCUGAGCAGCAUUCUGGAUGUGGGCGUAGCAUUAGCCACAGAGGCGGCCACAGCAGCAGGCUCGUUGGCAGUCUCAACCAUUAGUCCCACCUCCAUGCCACUGAGUGCCGCCGACGCGGCCUUUGCCAUGAUGACCCAAAGCACAAAUGCGACAAACCAAUAUGCGCAGAUCAAUAGCCUGCAUGAGUCCUCACCGGUAGCGGAACCGGUGCCGGAACACAUAAUGGACCAUGCACCGCAAUUAUCGCGAUCCGGACUGAUGAAGGUCUAUGUGUUGGCCGUGAUGGCGCUCUUCUCACUGUUGGGCAAUGUGCUGACUAUAUGGAAUAUUUAUAAGACGCGCAUCUCGCGUCGCAACUCGCGUCACACCUGGAGUGCCAUCUACUCGUUGAUGUUUCAUCUAUCAAUUGCGGAUGUGCUGGUCACGGGCUUCUGCAUCAUUGGGGAAGCGGCCUGGUGCUAUACGGUGCAGUGGCUGGCCAAUGAGUUGACCUGCAAGCUGGUGAAGCUCUUUCAAAUGUUCAGCCUCUAUCUGUCCACCUAUGUGCUGGUGCUGAUCGGGGUCGAUCGCUGGAUAGCCGUGAAGUAUCCGAUGAAGUCCUUGAACAUGGCCAAGCGCUGUCAUCGCCUGUUAGGUGGCACCUACAUUCUCUCCUUGGUGCUAAGUUUGCCGCAGUUCUUUAUAUUUCAUGUGGCACGUGGCCCCUUCGUGGAGGAGUUCUAUCAGUGUGUAACUCACGGCUUCUACACGGCAGAUUGGCAGGAGCAGCUUUAUGCAACAUUCACGCUCGUCUUCACGUUCCUGCUGCCACUUUGCAUACUAUUUGGCACCUACAUGUCAACCUUUCGCACCAUUUCAAGCAGUGAAAAAAUGUUUCAGGGCUCCAAAUUGGCUAACUACUCGACAACAAAGCUGCCCACGCAGACAAAUCGUCAACGUCUUAUCCAUAAGGCGAAAAUGAAAUCAUUACGCAUAUCUGUGGUAAUCAUUAUAGCCUUUCUCAUCUGCUGGACACCUUACUACGUCAUGAUGAUUAUCUUCAUGUUCUGGAAUCCUGACAAAAGGCUGGGCGACGAUCUGCAGGAUGCCAUCUUCUUCUUUGGCAUGUCCAACAGUCUCGUCAAUCCUCUCAUCUAUGGCGCCUUUCAUCUCUGUCCCGGCAAGGGCAAUAAGAGUGGCGGCGGCAACAAUAAUGCCUACAGUCUAAACAGAGGCGACUCCCAACGUACACCCUCCAUGCUGACGGCCGUGACGCAGGUGGACGGAGUUGGCGGUAGUUCCCGCCAGAUGCGCACCUUCCGUCAGCAGAGCUAUUACCGGAGCGUGAGCAACGGAGGCAACAGCGUGCUCGUGGCUGCUGGCGUUGGUGGUGCCGGCUAUAAAGAGCAAGUGGGCCUGCUGCAGGUGAAUGCUGGUGUAGGUGCAACGCCUCAAUUGAUGCGUAAAUGCGCAUCCAUGCGCAGUCCACAUCCGAAUCAUAAUGCGGCCGUAAUGGGCCGUCAUGUGGGCUGCUUAAGGGAACAGCACCAACAGCUGCUGCAGCCACCGCCCUCGACGCUGGUGCUGAACUACGACAGCCAGCGAGGCGGUGUGGGCAUUGGGGUGGCCAAUGGACUCAAGAUGAAGCCCGGCAGCAUGGCCAGCGUGGGUCUGCUGGCGGAGAAUAGUGAACAUGUGUCGAGCGUGUGAGGAGAACUGGCGGUGGCGGUGCCGGUGGCAAUGGCGGAUGAUGAAUGCUCCUGUUGCUAUUGUCUGAGCAAUGAACUGAUGCGGAGGCAACAAGGACUCCAAGAGCUUCCUAGUGCGGUGAUACAAUAGUCGGGUAUGGGUAUGAACAAGCGUGCGUACUCAAGUGCUUUCAAGGUUGUUGUUCCAGUUGGUUUGGCGGUAGACGCUGUCUUGAUGAUCAGAUCAUCGUGACGGGCACAUUUGUAAUAAGUACAUUGAAUAGCUAUGUUAGUUGUGCUAAGUGAGAGUUAAGUCUUUGAACACUGUUCGUGUGCUUUAGUUGUAGCUGUAGUUGUUGGUUAAGCGCUAGUUACUAUUUCUAGUUAAACUGCGAACUGGUUGAAGGCCGCAAAUUAAGUAAUUGAUGAUAAUUUUGCACGUGUUAGGUUUGUUUUAAUUUGAUUUGUGUAGCCAUUAAGGUCGGUUGAUUCAAAUGGGUAGGUGGAAAAUACGUUUAAUGUAUAAUUCUUGUCAAUCAGUUGAAACAAAUUAGAACUUUCAAUUGCGGGGUUUAAAAUAUUUAAAGUUCCUUACAACUUGUAUCAAAUUUCGAUUUGUUUGACAAUACAAAGAGUGUGCAUAAAAUGCUAUUACAUCAAUGCGAGUAAUGUUUGCUUAGUCUGCUUAAAUCAUUCAGAUGGAUGGAUGGAAGUUUCAUGCGAAGCCUGAACAAAUAUUGAUAUUUUUACGAAUAUGCAAUAUUAAGUUUCGACAACAAGUUUUGCAUUUCUCCAUGAUAUGAGUACUUAAUAACUUUUAAUAAGGCAGCAUCAAAUAUUUAUAUUUCGAACACAUCAAUAAACAGGGUAAAAUAUAUGGUAUAUACAUACAUAUAUAUUCUCUAGUGGUGUUCAACUAAGGCAAUUUUAACAAAAAGUUAAUUGUUAAGCAAAAACUACUUUACAGUUUUCUAUACGUUUUUUUUAAACAUACUCAACCAACACUAAUCUAAAAUUAAUGAACAUGUUUUUUCAUGAAACUGUGUGUAAUAAAUUGUAAGGCAAAUAUUAGCAACAAAGCAAAAGAAUUUAAACCGGUUUAAAAUUAUAAGAGGCAAUUGGAGCAUACAAAUUGAAUUUUUAAUGAAUUCUUACGGUUUUACGUUACACACAAGUCGUCUCUAAGUAAAAAGCCCAAUUACUGUAUAUACUUACAUAUGUUUGUGUGCGUAUUUUCUUGUCUACGUAUAAAUAAUAUACAUAUAUAAAUUUGUAUAGUUUAUUUUUUAAUAAAAACCGAAUGAACAUUUU